AUGUUGCAUAUGGAGAGUUCUAGUGCUUCAUCAUCGAUAUCUCCAUCAUUUUCACCAUCGUCGAUGAAGCUUCCUACAUCCUCUCCCGAAACAUCUUUAAUUGUAACAUCCAGCUCUAAAUUUUUCUGUUUUCUUCUUGAUUAUUCAAAAGAUACAAAUCCUGAAAUUAUAUACAGUAGUGAUUUUCCAGAUGAUAAGACCUUGUUCAUCAACUUUUUAUCAAAAAUAAAGAUAUCUAUGACUCAAUCUUUUGAUCCGAUUAUAUAUCAACAUGCAUAUGACAAAAUUUACUUCACAUCAUUCUACUUUUUAGUUUGCGAUAGUAAAUCACCAACUUCCUUAAGAAAACUCGCAAUUAUCGUUGGAAAUCAAGAUAGAUCGUUUUUAAUCAAUGCUCAACAGAAAUUUAAGAAAGACAUUCUCAAACUAAUACAACAGAUACAACAUAGCUCAUUAGAAAUUUACAAAAAAGAAAAUCCAAAUGAAAAUCAAGAAUUUUUAUCAAAAUUAAACAUUCCUAACAACGGCAACACCAGUUCAUUAUUCACAGAUAACACAAGACCUCAAACACUAGUAGAAUUUAUUAAUUUUCCAGAUUUACAUAAAAUUUUACAACAAAUCAUUGAUUCUGCGCCAAGAUCAUCAUUUUUAAGUUACAUACAACUUAGAUGCGAGCUUCCUUCUAUAGGAUCUACAUUCAAAUUCGGUAAAUUCCAAAAUCUUUAUGAUUUCAUGUCAUUUAUACAAUCUAAUGAAGUAAACAGCUCAUUAAUACGCAUGUUAGACCUUGUUGAUAGUGAUACUCUCUUCCAUUGCAUCUUUUCCAUCUUAUCUGGAAAAACUUUAGUUAUUAAGUCAUCUGACACAGAAAGUGCCACAUCAUUAGGUCGCAGAUUCACUUUAUUUGUUCCAUUCUACACAGAAUCCUACUUCACGGUCGCUGAAUCCCUUACUGUUGUCGAAUCUUUGAAAUACUCCAUUGCAGUGGUAAAUAAUUUCCCUUCCGAAAUAAAAAGUGCCGUUUCUCUGUUGGAUCUCGACAGUAAAAUGUACAAAGGCGAAAGUUGCCCGCAUAAGAGUUUUGUCUGGUCAGAACUAAAGAAACAGUCGAAGUUCAAUGAGGCAACAUUCUUGACUACUUGUUACAGAGAGAUAAUGAAGGUUUCUGGUAAAUUUGCAACAUUUUUGUCGAUAUCAAAAUUAAAUAACAGAGAAGAUGCGAUGAAAGGCCCUUCCCAAGCUGGAUUUUCCAAAGAUGAUGAACCUAUAUUUAAAUAUUGGGUUCAAUGCGCUUCAAAUCAACAAAAUUCAAGACCUAUUUUACCAAAUAAUAGAUCUAAGCUCGGUAUUGUUAUCACUGCAUUGUAA